AUGAGCGGGAUUUAUACGGGAGUGCAGAAAAGAAUCCAAGACUUGGCACCUCAUGCACAUUUCGUGCACUAUGCUAGUGAUAACUUAAAUUUAGUUCUGAAGGACGCUGUAGAGGGAAACCAUGAAAUACAACAAUUUUUUGAUACAGUGCAAACCCAAGAAAUAAGGCAAAUCACUACAGAGAUGGCCGGGCAAAUUUUUAAAGUAAGUUUUGUGGACCAAAAUCAAAAUUAUGAGAAUGACGCUUGUUCCAUUGAGACUGCAGGGCCAUCGGGAUCUGUAUCAAAAAAUACCAUUUGGACAAGGGAGGCAAUUAUUUGUCUUCUUGAAGUUUAUAAAGAACGGCUGUCGGAGAUAUUGUCCACAACAAUAAGAAAUGAGGCUGCCUUCAAACAUAUUUCAGAAGACAUGGGGAAAUUUGGUUUUGAAUUUACUGGAACUCAAUGUAGAGAUAAAUUUAAAUACUUAAAAAUGAAGUAUUUAAAAAAUAAGAUAACAUGA